CAUUUUGAAUGAGUAUACAUUUUUGUUUUACAGUUCAUAAUUCUCAUAUUUCACUUCGAAUUUUUUUACCAAAUUAGUUCAUAUAUCGAUUAUCUGACCUACUUUUUGACAUUAGUGCGUUUAUACAUCGUGCCUACUAACUACUACCAUUUCAAGAUUUCAACAGCUGAUCCGAAGGUCGUGUCAUGUAUUAGAAAAAGAAUAUUAUUUAUGUUUAUUUGUGGUACCUACAACAAAAUGGCAGAUGUAAAAAGUUUGGAACAUCCUACUUUGAAAGUUCCGUACGAAAUUUUGAACAAGAAAUUUAGAACCGCCCAGAAAACCAUAGACAGAGAAGUGUCUCAUGUCCAACAGCAAGCCACUCUUAUAGAAGAAACGCUUCAACAAUCCGAAGUGAAAGCCAGAGAUAUAUCAUCAUUGUUAGGCGGCAUGGUCGAGAAGUUGCAGGUUUUAAAGAGGAAGGCUGAAGAGAGCAUAGCUGAGGAAUUGGUGGCGUCCAAUGUGUGCAAGAGGAGGUUGGAACAUUUGAAGGAGCACAACACUUUGACGCCAAUGGGCGCGUUAUCCCAAGCAGCCCUCAAUCAGUGGCGUCGGAAACGUUUGGACCGUAUGGUAGUCGAAUAUUUCCUAAGGAACGGUUACUACAACGCCGCCAUAACUCUCGCCGAUAGAUCUGACAUCAAGGAUUUGACCAAUAUUGACAUUUUUCUGACGUCCAGAGAAGUGGAAAAGUCGCUGGCCAACAAAGAAACGAACAAGUGCCUGUCUUGGUGCCACGACAACAAAUCCAAAUUAAGGAAACUGAAAUCUAACAUGGAGUUCAAUCUCAGGGUACAGGAAUUCGUCGAAAUGGUCCGUUCCGAUAGAAGAAUGGACGCCAUCAAGCACGCCAGGAAACAUUUCCCGGGUUUCGAGGAGGAACACUUGUCCACCAUCAAGCAGGUCAUGGCCUUGUUGGCGUUUCCUAUAACCACGGAUAUCGCUCCGUACAAAUCGUUGUUGGACGAAAAACGAUGGGACACGUUAAUCGAACAAUUUAGACAAGAAAAUUACAGGCUCUUCCAGUUGGCUUCUCAAUCAGUGUUUACGGUGGCACUACAAGCUGGACUAUCGGCGCUCAAAACUCCAUAUCCUUUUUAA